UGGAGCGAACGCUCCAAACGGAAAAACUGAAAAAGCGAAAACCCUUGAGCAAGCAGCAAACUCAAUGGCUUCUUCCAAAAAUUCGAAGACAGAACAGAAGAGCGAAGCUGCGGACAGCUCCAAAACAGUGAAGAAAGCCGCUAAGCCCAGAAAAGAGAAGCACUUGGACAAGAAAAACAAGAGUCGUAAUAAGAAGAAAAAACUUAAGAAUUCUGAUGUGAAUAAGGGAGAUAAAGAGAUCGUUGUUCCGUCUUCCAGCACCGAGUCCCAUGAAAAAUCCGAAGACGAAGGGCGCCAGGAAGACAAGACUGAGAUCACAAAUGGGCGAACCAGUGCAACGAAACCUGGAAAAGACAAAGUCAAAGGAAUGAAAUAUGAUGACGACGAUGAAGCUGAAGGGAAAGGAGACGCCAGAGGCAAUGUAUUUCCCAUGAAUCGUAUCCGGACGAUAAUUAGGGGCCAAGAUCUUGACUUGCGUAUUUCGCAGGAAGCCAUAUUUGUCAUUAACAAAGCCACGGAGACGUUCCUUGAACAAUUUACGCGGGACACUCACGCUUCCUGUGUUCGGGAUCGGAAAAAAUCUCUUGCUUACAAACACCUAUCAUCUGUUGUUAGUAAGCAGAGCAGAUACGACUUUCUAUCAGAUUUCGUCCCAGAGAAAAUAAAAGCCGAGGACGCUUUAAGGGAGAGAAAUUCCAGUGUGAAUGGUGGUUAGAACUCAGAAAUAGUGUAGCAUGUAAAUGAAGAACCCAAGCGUGUAAUUUAUGCAAUCUUCUCACGUCGUUCUAUAUCACGGAGUGGAUUCAUUAUUUAAUAGGAUUCAUGUUAGUUCUUACAUCUCUUUCAAGCUCCCAGGGGCAUUUUUGUUUUUUGUAUUCUUUUUCCAGUGACUAGGGGUACUUGUGAUCAUAGUGAUGGGCGGUUUAGAUGUAUAUUUCAUUGAAGGCGAAGUCUAUUCACACGGUCGCUCGUCGGUUAAACUCUCAUAGUAGUUGUGUUAUAAUAUAUUUAAUCGGUGCUCUCACUGUUCAUACACA